UCUCUGCUUUUUUUCUUUUUCUUUUUCUUCUUUUAUAGUUAUUAAUAAUUAGAACUCUCUUCCUUUUUCUAUAUAACACAGGACUUGUUUGCCCUCCUUUCUUUAACAUUUGAAUGGCCUCAUUUUGUUCCCAAAACAGAGUACCUAAGGUCUCUGUUUUUCUCUUCUUUUCCCUUGUCUGCUUCUUACUUUUUUCUUCUAGCCAUGUAGUUUUGGCACAAUCAUCACCAGUUUUUGCCUGUGAUGUUGUGAGCAAUCCAUCCUUGGCCAGUUUUGGGUUCUGUAACACGUCGUUAGGGGUGAGUGACAGAGUUGUAGACCUGGUGAAAAGACUCACAUUGCAAGAAAAGAUAUUGUUCUUGGUGAAUAGUGCAGGGAGUGUGAGCAGACUUGGGAUACCUAAAUAUGAAUGGUGGUCGGAGGCUUUACAUGGAGUUUCUUACGUCGGUCCAGGCACUCAUUUCUCUAGUGUUGUCCCCGGAGCUACAAGCUUUCCUCAGGUCAUCCUCACUGCUGCUUCCUUCAACACCUCUCUCUUUGUAGCCAUUGGAAAGGUUGUUUCAACGGAAGCAAGAGCAAUGUACAAUGUGGGAUUGGCAGGAUUGACGUUUUGGUCACCAAAUAUCAACAUAUUUCGAGACCCCAGAUGGGGAAGAGGCCAGGAAACUCCAGGAGAGGACCCCUUGCUCUCAAGUAAAUAUGGAUCAGGCUAUGUUAAAGGACUGCAACAAAGGGAUGAUGGCAAUCCAGAUGGACUUAAGGUUGCUGCAUGCUGUAAACAUUACACAGCCUAUGAUUUGGAUAACUGGAAAGGGGUUGAUCGUUACCAUUUUAAUGCUGUGGUGACAAAGCAAGAUAUGGAUGAUACGUUUCAACCACCUUUCAAAAGUUGUGUUGUUGAUGGGAAUGUUGCUAGUGUCAUGUGUUCUUACAACAAGGUUAAUGGUAUACCCACCUGUGCUGAUCCCGACCUCCUCUCUGGUGUAAUCCGAGGGGAAUGGAAAUUAAAUGGGUACAUUGUUACCGAUUGUGAUUCCAUAGACGUGUUCUACAACUCCCAGCAUUAUACCAAAACACCAGAAGAAGCUGCAGCCAAAGCUAUAUUGGCAGGGUUGGACCUCAACUGUGGAUCUUUCUUGGGAAAACACACUGAAGCAGCAGUAACAGCAGGACUUGUGAAUGAGUCGGCCAUUGAUAGAGCUGUCUUCAACAAUUUUGCCACUUUAAUGCGACUUGGAUUCUUUGAUGGUGAUCCCAGCAAACAACUCUAUGGGAAGCUAGGACCAAAAGAUGUAUGUACAGCAGAGAAUCAGGAGCUGGCCCGUGAAGCUGCCAGGCAAGGGAUUGUGUUGCUUAAGAACACCGCAGGAUCACUUCCUCUAUCUCCCACUGCCAUAAAAAACCUGGCAGUAAUUGGACCAAAUGCCAAUGUCACUAAAACAAUGAUUGGAAACUAUGAAGGUACACCCUGCAAAUAUACAACCCCUUUACAAGGACUAGCAGCUUUGGUUGCAACAACAUAUCUACCUGGCUGCUCAAACGUAGCCUGCAGCACUGCCCAAGUAGAUGAUGCCAAGAAAAUAGCAGCUGCAGCUGAUGCCACGGUGCUUGUAAUGGGUGCCGAUCUAUCUAUAGAAGCAGAGAGUCGUGACAGGGUGGACAUUCUCCUUCCAGGGCAGCAGCAGCUUCUGAUAACAGCAGUUGCAAAUGCAUCCACUGGACCUGUAAUCCUUGUUAUAAUGUCUGGGGGAGGCAUGGAUGUAUCAUUUGCGAAAACUAACGACAAAAUCACAAGUAUCCUAUGGGUUGGCUACCCUGGCGAAGCUGGUGGAGCUGCCAUAGCUGAUAUUAUUUUUGGUUCCUACAACCCAAGUGGGAGGCUACCGAUGACUUGGUAUCCACAAUCAUACGUAGACAAAGUACCAAUGACAAAUAUGAACAUGAGACCAGAUCCCUCCAAUGGCUAUCCUGGCAGAACCUACAGGUUCUACACCGGAGAAACUGUUUACUCAUUUGGAGAUGGACUAAGCUAUUCUGAAUUCAGCCACGAACUAACUCAAGCACCUGGACUAGUAUCUGUUCCUUUAGAGGAAAAUCAUGUCUGUUACUCUUCAGAAUGCAAAUCAGUUGCUGCUGCUGAACAGACUUGUCAGAACUUAACCUUUGAUGUGCAUUUGAGAAUCAAGAACACGGGAACAACGAGCGGAAGCCAUACAGUUUUCUUGUUCUCUACUCCCCCAUCAGUGCACAACUCACCACAGAAGCAUUUGGUGGGUUUUGAGAAGGUCUUCCUGCAUGCACAAACAGAUAGCCAUGUGGGAUUCAAGGUGGAUGUUUGUAAGGAUUUGAGUGUGGUUGAUGAGCUCGGAAGCAAGAAAGUUGCCUUGGGAGAACACGUUCUUCAUAUUGGAAGCUUGAAGCACUCCAUGACUGUAAGGAUUUGAAACAAGACUUUCAAGUCCUCUGCAGUGAUUUGAUUUGUUGUUCUUGCAUUCCCUUUAGAAAGGCAUUUCAAAAUGCAAUUAUUGGCCUAUGGAUAAUAAACAGGUCGGGAGGUUAUGAAAAAUUCACUCAAUUAUUACUCAGAAUUAAGAUUUGAAACCCGAAGGAAUACAAAGUUUGGCUCCAAAAGAAGAUAAGCUGAGCUUCAUUUUUCCUAUA